GCCACGGCGCAUCCGGUGGCGGCUUCUCGUCUCACCGCGACAAUUUCCUUCCUCUUUACCCGGCGCCCUCCUCUUUCUUCCACGUGCGCGCAUGACCCAGGCAGCAGGCACGAACCCAAAAUCCAAUUUUGCUUCGUGAAGCUAGCCACCUCCCGUACCACGCCACCGCCGGGGAUGGCGGUCCCGAAGGCGGCUUCGGGUAUUGACGGGUCGGCGGAGCCGCUGCUGCUGGCGCGGGAGGAAGGGAGGCCAAGAAGCGGCGGGGGCGGAGGGGCGACGUCGGCGCAGACGCUGGGGAAUGUGGUGGUCUCCAUCGUGGGGACAGGGGUGCUCGGCCUCCCCUACGCCUUCCGCGCCGCUGGCUGGCUCGCGGGCUCCCUCGGUGUCGCCGCCGCCGGCUCCGCCACGCUCUACUGCAUGCUCCUCCUCGUGGAUUGCAGAGAUAAACUGGAAGAAGAAGAAAUGGAAGAGCACUGUCAUGGUCACUACACAUAUGGGGAUUUGGGUGAAAAGUGCUUCGGGACUAUAGGUCGAUGCUUGACAGAAAUCCUUAUACUUGUUUCACAGGCGGGUGGUUCUGUAGCAUACCUAAUAUUCAUCGGCCAAAAUCUUCAUUCCAUAUUCCGCCAGCUGAUGUCACCUGCUGGCUUCAUUUUUGCCAUCCUCCUUCCUGUGCAAAUUGCACUCUCCUUCAUCCGUUCACUGUCUUCUCUUUCUCCGUUCAGUAUAUUUGCGGAUGCAUGCAACGUCCUUGCCAUGGCAAUUGUUCUCAAAGAGGAUUUUCAGCUUUUCGAUCAUCCCUUUGCAAAUAGAAGCGCUUUUAAUGGACUUUGGGCAGUACCAUUCACCUUUGGGAUUGCAGUCUUCUGUUUUGAAGGAUUCAGCAUGACUCUUGCGCUGGAAGCAUCAAUGGCGGAACGGAGAAAGUUCCGCUGGGUACUUUCUCAAGCAGUUGCCGCCAUUAUAAUCGUGUACGCAUGUUUUGGAGUGUGUGGGUACUUGGCCUAUGGUGAGGCCACCAAAGACAUCGUAACACUUAAUCUUCCCAAUAAUUGGUCUUCGGCUGCAGUUAAGGUUGGCCUAUGCAUUGCACUAGCAUUCACAUUCCCAGUCAUGAUGCACCCAAUCCAUGAGAUCAUCGAGGCAAGAUUCAGAUCAAGUAGAUGCUUUCCGAAGAUUUCUAACAAUGUUCGUGGUGCUGAAUGGAUAGGCUUGCACUCAAGCCGCAUCCUCGUGGUGACCAUCCUGACUGUGGUGGCAUCCUUCAUCCCUGCUUUUGGGUCAUUCAUCUCCUUCGUGGGGAGCACAAUGUGUGCACUGCUCUCUUUCGUGCUGCCUGCACUAUUCCAUCUCAGCAUUGUGGGCUCCUCGAUGAGCCUAUGGCGGCGGGUGUUGGACUACUGUUUCCUUCUCUUUGGUCUGGUUUUUGCUGGAUAUGGUCUUGUCACUGCUCUCUCCUCACACUGAAUGAUGACCCAACUGGUCAAGAACUGCAGAUCAGGAUUUGAUCCAGAGGAAAUUGUCAGCCGGACCGUGUAACCUGACCCAUGUGAGUUAGGUAUCUAAUGGAGAUGUUCUCAUACCCUGCCUUGGUUUCUUUUCGAAGGUUAUUGUCCGGUUGUUCCCGGCGUUUUACAACGUGGGUUCACAUGGGCAACAGAGCGUUGCCCCACCAGUCAAUUGCCAUAUGUAUAUAUAUUUAGUAGGCAUCGUGCACAUGGGCUGCAUUUAGAUUAUAUUCUUAGGAUUGGUUCAAUUUGUCGUGCUACAGCCGUGGUGUUUUUCACCGCGUUUGUUGUGAUCA